UGAAGAUAAAGAAGAUAACUCUGAACAGCAAAAACUUAUUCACGAGCUUCAGAAUAAAGUUAAUUAUUCAAGAUUUAGAGCUGAGCAAGAAAAUAAAAACUCAAAAAUUAGAAAGCAAAUGUCAAAUUAA